AUGGCUCCAAUUGCAAAGAGACGUCGCAUCAGCCCAGAGGUCGAAUCACCUCCUGCUUCUACCAAAAAUGGAGUUUCAUCCGAGGAAAAGAUCGAAGAUUUCUACCGCAAUGCCGCUGGAUGGGAUCUCGAACAGGACUACGAGAACCGACCACGCAACCUAAAGAAAAAGAAGGAAGAAACAAGGCUGCCCAUCAAGACAUCGGAGGGUUGGGUUGAGCAGGCUCCUGCUGUUGUUGAACAGAAAGAAGAGGACGCCGACAGUUUUCUGGGAAGCGGCGACGAGGCCGAGGCUGUUGACGAAGACGACGACGAUGAGGAAGAUGAGGAGCCAGAGGUGCCACAGAUCUCGCCACGCGAACAGAUUCUCCAGGCCAAGGAGGAGCUUGCGCGCGUCGCCAGCUUGAUUUCUGAAGACCCAGAAGAACACAUUGGCCAGCUCAAGAAACUGCAAGUUCACGCGACGUCACAAAACAGGACCGUCGUCAAGCUAUGCAUGGCUACGCAACUCGCCAUCUACCGCGACAUCAUCCCCGGCUAUCGCAUCCGUCCCGUUUCCAAAGAAGAGUUGAAGCAGAAGCUAUCCAAGGACGUCCGCAAACUGCGCAACUUUGAGCAAAUGCUUGUUGGUGGAUACCACGAGUAUGUCAGGUCUUUGACAAGAGCUGCCAAGAAGAGCGGCGACAAGAACAAGGAGGCCGCUUCUGUCGCUACCGUUGCCAUUUCGUGCGCCUGCACUCUUCUCAAUACCGUUCCCCACUUUAACUUCCGUGGCGAUCUCAUCAACAUCUUGGUCGGCAGACUCAGUAUCAGACAGGAUGAGCCGGCUGUGAAGCAAAAGCAAAAGCGAGAGUUCAGAACGAAAAAGGAGAGAAAGCGUUUGCGCGAAGUCAAGGGUGUAGAGAAAGAGUUCAGAGAAGCCGACGCGACCGUCUCACACGAAGAGCGUGACAAGAACCAGUCCGAGAUGCUGAAGUUGGUUUUCGUUGCAUACUUCCGUAUCCUCAAGCAACGAGUACCUCAGCUCAUGGGUGCUGUGCUUGAAGGUCUGGCCCGCUAUGCUCAUCUGAUCAACCAGGACUUCUUCGGUGAUAUCCUUGAAGCCCUCCGCGAACUCGUUAUCUCAACCGAGGCUGCUGAGCAAGCACUUGCCGAAGAAGACGAGGACGCCUCUACCGCACCGAGGAACAUCAACCGCGAAUCUCUUCUUUGCAUCAUCACAGCAUUUGCCCUUCUCCAGGGCCAAGACGUAGUCAAGAGUGUUGGCUCUCUACAUCUGGAUCUCGAAUUCUUCAUCACCCACCUCUACAAGACGCUUCUGCCAUCAUCAAUGAAUCCCGACUUGGAGUUGAGUGCUAAAUCUCUGCGUCUGAGGGAUCCCGAUGGCAACGAUGACGAAGCCCUGCUCCCUCAGCAGGCCAAGCACAAGAUCAACGUUCAGACGACAACUGUGUUGCUCCUUCGCUCGUUGUCAUCAGUCCUGCUACCGCCGCAAAACCUGCGUUCUGUUCCUCCGCUUCGUCUUGCAGCUUUCGCCAAACAACUCCUCACUAUUUCUUUGCAACUACCUGAGAAGUCAUGUCUGGCCAUGAUGGGUCUGUUGCAGCAAGUAGCCAAGGUACAAGGCAAGAAGAUUGCAGCGUUGUGGUACACUGAGGAGAGAAAGGGAGAUGGUGUUUUCAACCCCCUGAGGGAAGAGGUCGAAGGAAGCAAUCCUUUUGCAACGACGGUCUGGGAAGGUGAAUUGUUGAGGAAACAUUUCUGUCCUCAAGUCCGCGAGAGUAUCGUUGCGCUUGAGAAGGGUGUUGUUGCUUCGAGAUCGUAA